AUGGGCUCCCUGUGCCCACCCUCACUGGAGUCCCCCACCUGGGUGACCCUGUGCCCUCCUUACCCCAGUCCUUGUGCCCAGGUGCCCGUGCCAGAGGCCUCUUCCAGGGAGCUGAAGCUGCUCAGAGAGCACCCAACACUGCUGGUGCCCCCUGACCCUGCCCCGAGCCCACGGGGGGACACAGGUGCACCUGUCCUGCCUAUGCCCACCCUCCAUACCCACCCAGGGGAGCUGCCUGGCCUGGGUGACUCCCUCAAGGCCACGGCCCCCCCCAUCCCCGAGACGGAGUAGCAGCGGGCAGCUGUGGCUGAGGCGCUGGGCACCUUUGCUCUGCUCUUCUACCAGCACAUGGCGGAGGCUGCCCAGCCUGAUACCAACCUGCUCUUCUCCCCCAUCACCGUCGCCAUGGGGCUCUCGCACCUCCUGCUGGGCGCCCGUGGUGAGACCCGUGAGCGUCUGGGUGCCAUUCUGGCGUACCCACCGGAGCUGGGCUGCGUGCCCGGUGCCCUGCGUCAGCUCACCAGCACGCCUGGCAUCUUCUCUGCCGCACAGAUCUUCCACGACCCAG